AUGAAAGCGAACUUACAGACACAAAACUCCAAUAUCAAUCACAAUCACAACAACACCAACAACAACAGCAACAACGGUUGCAAUGCGAAAACGGCAGGUGGUAGCAACAACAACAAUAACAUCAGGAAUAAUGUUAGAACAUGCAUGCCAACAAAUCAAAUUCAUAAUCCAAUAGAUGCCAGCAACAGCGGAAUUGGUAGUAGCACAGGCGGCAAUAACAACUAUCAACAAAGUCUACAGCAGCAGACGACGGUUGCUACAGCGCCAGCAGCAGCGGUGACAGCACGCGACAAUAUGGCCAACGGAUAUGGAGGAUUCAAAGAGCCAGAACGCUUUAUAGAGCAUAAUUUUUGGCAGUCACAAAAAAAUGCAGCCGCCGCUGCAGCCGCUGCCGCUACUCACGCGACCAAUCAAUGGUCACUCAACAAUAAUCGUAACUAUAUGAGUAACCUUUCGCAAAUCUCAUAUUCGAAUAACAGUCAACCGAACCAAAGUUCAUCGCCGUAUGUGCAAUUUAAUCCUUACAUGAACAUGAAUAUAAAUAUGAACAUGAAUCAGCGUUCGUUUUUAAAUUCUGCGCAAGCAACGGAGAAAAAUGCAAUGCAUUUAAGUCAUUUCGAUAAGCACAAUAUGCGCUUUGGGGAAUACGAUUGCACAUUGCGCUAA